GCCUCAUCGAGCCAGAUUGUGAUAUCUUCCAAACCCGGUUCUUCCGACCCAAAGACUCUGCACUUCGAUUCCGUCGUCAUCAAUCACUGCCGAGCCUCCCCACAACUUCAUUUUUCCAACUCCACAUGCCCACUUAUCCAAAGCCCUUUUGCUCCUUGCCACAGCACCUAGUCGUCCCCCAUUCAUCUGGUUUUGGAGAUUCGGCAUCAUCUGUUUCGGUCCAGCCGACAUUCACCAGCCUGCCGGUGAACUCCAUCAAAGGCAACCAUAUUUGCUCUUCUAGUGUCAAUACUGUGACAUGUAACGACAAAUUGUCUGGUAUGCCACCCUCUACCGCUAAUCCUCACCCAUCUGAGCCUGGUGAUAAAGAGAUCUCUACCACUACUGUCUCAUCCUCAUCUGAGGCGACUGCUGCCCAUGCAAUGGCUUUCUCAGAAGCCCCUGUUGUGGCCACAACCGAUAAUCGGAACCAACUUGCUAGCUGGCAUCGA